UGAUAUUACUUUCACUUGGCAGAGUUUGGCCGGCCGACCGCUUCCCUAUAGUAUUAACGUGGUUACAACAGAUCAGGAAGUUCUGCCGCGUCCCUUCAUGAACAUUUCACAGAUCGGUGAAAUACCGACGAAUGUACAAACGUUUGCUAUUGGCCUUAAAUGUUCUGGUAUACGCGCCUCUGAAGUGGAUGUCACAAUUUCAAUAGAGGUGAUACUCAAUCGUGCCCUCAACAAUGUAACUCAUUUGGUUUUUCGGCGCAAAAAGAUUUGUCUACUCGCCGAUACAGAAGAGAAUGCAAUACAUGGACCAGUGUUGCUAGAGACCGCUGUGCCACCACCUACUGGCAUAUUGACCAUCAUUGUGGGCAGCUCUUUGGCUUUGGCACUCGUAAUCAUUUUGCUUUUAACCGCUUAUUGUGUACGACGUUCAGCAAAGCGUCAAAACCAUGGCCAACCUAUGCGCACAUCAAGCUUUCAACGCCUCAACACGAACGGACCAUGUCAGCAAUCGGCCACUUACAAUAGUCCACCAUCCAUGAUUGCACCUGUCCAUAGUUCUUUGCCACGUAAAGUAGAACCUCAACAACCGGAAGAGUUGCAUCGGCGCAUAUCGGAGCUUACAGUGGAGCGUUGUCGUGUACGUCUCUCAAGCUUAUUACAGGAAGGUACGUUCGGUCGUGUCUAUCGUGGCACCUACAAUGACAAUCAAGAUGUGUUGGUGAAGACUGUGGCACAGCACGCCAGCCAAAUGCAAGUGUCUUUAUUGCUGCAAGAGGGCAUGUCGCUGUAUGGCGCUUCCCACCAGGGCAUACUUUCAGUUUUGGGCGUGUCCAUUGAAGAUCACACCACACCGUUCGUGCUCUACUCAGCGCCGAAUACUACCCGUAAUCUAAAGCUUUUCCUGCUGGAUCCGUCUUGCGCGCGCACGAUAACCACCGUACAGAUCGUUAUGAUGUCCACCCAAUUGGCGCUAGCCUUAGUGCAUCUACACAGUCAUGGGGUUGUGCAUAAGGAUAUAGCAACGCGAAAUUGUGUCAUUGAUGAUCAGUUACGCGUCAAGUUGUCAGACAGUUCGCUCUCCCGAGAUCUCUUUCCGAGCGAUUACAAUUGUUUGGGAGACAGCGAAAAUCGUCCCGUGAAAUGGCUUUCCCUAGAAGCUUUACAGCACAAACAGUUUGCAGAAGCCAGCGACUCUUGGGCGUUCGGCGUGCUUAUGUGGGAGUUGUGCACAUAUGCGAAGCAACCGUACUCCGAGGUUGAUCCCUUCGAAAUGGAGCAUUAUUUGAAGGAUGGCUAUCGGUUGGCGCAACCCUUCAACUGCCCGGAUGAGCUCUUCACAAUUAUGGCCUACUGUUGGGCGCUUCUACCGAUCGAGCGUCCCACAUUUGCUCAACUGAAUGCGUGUCUCUCGGAGUUCUAUGCGCAAGUGACGCGCUACGUGUAAAUUCGGGUGGGAGAGACCUCGCCAUAUGUUAGACUGUAAAAUUGCUUCCCUACUCAAAUAUAUAGAAUAAAAAAAAGCAACAACAAACUUUAUUUUAAACUUAUUAAAUACAUACAUUUACAUUCAGAAUAAUAUAAUACAAUACAUACCUACAUACCUACUCCUAUAUAGAUAUUUUAUUAGUUAGUAUAACCUUGUGAGAUUGCCAAAAUAUAUUUAUUAAAUAUUUACUGAUUUUAGGAUUAACUCCUAAUGACUGCGUAUAUAUAUGUGUAUAUAAGUAAAGGGUGUUUUUAAAGGCAUACAACUUCAUAAUUAAAUAAAAUACAUAACUGUUUAAUGUUAACUGUUUUCGAUGCAGUCAUCGAAUAUUCCACGUGCUGUUUGGCAUGUUACGUCAUAACAUUGGUAUCAAACCAUUUCCACACUAGCACAAACCUCACUUAAAGGGAUGGGCGAUAUCUCUGCCUAUGUACAGGUACAGUCAAGGGUAUGCGUGGUGCGAAAACUACAUUUAUGUAGUUAUUGGAAUAAGUUGGUUGGUGGAUGGACGAUUAAGUCGACUGUAAAAUGGACUUAUCGACUUGUAUAAAUUUGUAAGCUUACAGCGUUGGUGGCAUAUUCAUGUUGAAAGGCAAAAUAUACCAUCUAACAAAUCUACAAAACAGAUAUCUAUGAGUUGAUUGCCAAAAAUGGUUACAGCUGAGAUCAGCUGAAUUCAAACACAGAGGGUCACAUUUGAAAAAACAAUACUCAAACAACAACAAAACAAACAUUAACUGUAUUGCUCUAACUCAGUACUUUGAUUAUGCGCUGUUGUCACUCGAAAAUCAAGCCUCUAGAAAACAUCCUGCACAUACUCGUACAUUGAUAAGUUAGUUAUGAAAAUUAUUACGAAAAUUGUGUAAAUAUUUAAGUAUUUUAUUGUGUUUAUUUGUAGGUACGCAGCUUUAUUUGCGUAUGUAAAGGCAUACAGAUAUAUUUUCUAAUACGAAGGCAUAUACAAGGUGGCGCAAAAUAAAUCACCCUAUCGGAAGAUUAAUAAUUUUUGCAAAUGGCGUCGUACGUAAGUCAUGCUUGGCACUUGGGAACCAGACAGCUGCAGUAUAGACAAGCAAUGGACCACUUAAAGUUCAGAGUAAAGGUUUUUGCCAGCCCAAAUAUGUUUGUUUGUUUUAGUUUUGCGCCACUUUGUAUGUGAUUCAUAUCUGUGUACAGGGUUACCGGGAUAGUAGUUGUAGAUACUUAAGGACUUCAUUAUUUAGGUAGUUUCUAUUUAAAUUUUUUAUAUGACAUGAAACACCAAAUGAUAGAAACGUUUUUUUUAACAGCGGUCGUUUCGCGGCAGGGUUUUGACAAGUCUCCGAGAGUUUUUCUGCCAUGAAAAAAACUCCUCAUAAAAAACCACCCGCUGUAAGAAGUCGGCUUAAAACUGUCCCUUCAUUUCGUGAACAACAUCAAGAAGCGCAGCACAAAUUGGAGGGAAAGCCCGGCCAAACACCCAAAACAGGUGUAAGCGCCAAAACUUAAGCGUUUUCGGGUAUUCGAUUUCAAUGAUAAUUAAAAAAAAAAUCCGUUUGUUUUUAAUCUCAGUUCAAGGGCCCAUUUUGCUUCUUUUUUUUUUUGGUGGCUAUGUAUGCCAAUUAAAAAAAAUCAUCAAUCAAAUUUCAACUAAGCUCUGACUAUUGAAAAUGGCUGCUUCAUAAAAUUUUGAAUUUACAAUUUUUCACUAAGUGUUUCUUACUUUACAUUACAAUGAAAAAUGCAAAAAAAUGUAUACGGGAACUAAAAUUAUUUUAUUUUUAGAUAUUUUUAGGCAUUCAAAAAGUCAUAAAAUUCUGAGAAUAAUGUAAUUGCAUAGAAAACAUGGAUUCUGUUUCGUACCUGGCUUCUUAAACAAAACGAAAAAGAUCGUCUGCACUGAUUUUGCGGUCAGGUCACAUAGUGAUAAGCUUUGGACAUCAUGUUAUACAAGAUGGCGCAAAAUUAAUCAAGAGCCUUUAGCUCUUGAAUUGUUGCUGGCUUAUCGACGUACACCCUUUCUUUCAAAUAACCCCAAAGAAAGAAGUCCAACCGUGUCAAAUCACCUGACGCGACGUGAGAUUAUUCGGCCAUCAAAUUUUUUCGCACAAAAUAGCCAUUGUUUCGUUAGCUGUGUAACAAGUGGCACCGUCCUGUUGAAACCACAUGUCGUCCACAUCCAUAUCUUCUGGUUCGGGCCAUAAAAAGUUCGUUAUCAUCACAAGAACUGCCUGACCGGCCUCAUUUUGGAAAAAAUACGGCCCAAUGAUGCCGCUGGCCUAUAAACCGCAUCAAACAGUCACUCUUUGUGGGUACAUUGGUUUUUCGGCAAUCACUCUUGGAUUAUCAUUCGCCCAAAUGCGGCAAUUCUGCUUAUUGACGAAUCCACUGAGGUGAAAAUGUGCCUCAUCACUGAAGAUGAUUUUCUUCGAAAAUUGGUCAUUCACUGUUGCCAUUUCUUGACACCAUUCUGACCAUUGACGACGCUUGAAAUGGUCAAGAGGCUUUAGUUCUUGAGCCAAUUGCUCCUUGUAAGCGUGUAAAUGCAAGCCUUUAUGCAUAAUGUUCAUCAACGACGAGCGUGAGAGUUGCAAUUGUUGGGCACGACGACGAGUUGAGGUGGACGGCUCUUCAGCCACACUAUCGCGAACAGCAGCAAUAUUUUCUGCAGUAUGUGCUGUACCGGCAUGCACUGGUGUUUUCACAUCUCCUACAGACCCGGUUUGCUAAAACUUUUGCACAAUUUUUCCUAUUGUACGCACAUUUGGACGAUUAAAUUGACCGAAAAAAUCACGAAGUGCGCGAUAUGCAUUUCGAUUUGAACGCCCGUUUUCAUAAUAAGCCUGAAUAACUUUAACGCGUUGCUCGAUUGUAUAUUUUUGCAUGGUCCAAAUUGAGUUAGUCUGAAAUUGAAAAAUAUCAAAUGAAAUGCAGAAGAAAACUUGACGUUUAGGUGUGGUUCACAGUCUACAUGGGCCCUCGCAAUUUAACCACCCUUUAUUUAUAACGAGGCAAAACAAUGAAUUAUUUUGACGCGAAAUAAGGAGCACUGGCUGCCAGGGCCUUCGACCCGCUGAUGCGGAUAUUACUAUUAUUAUAAUUUUUGUUUUUUGUUUUUUGUUUUUUUAGUAAAAAAUGAUUAAUUUGCGCCACCUUGUAUAACCUUAUUAAUCAGAAAUUAACAAAAUAAUAAUGUCCUCAAAAAUCUGGGACGAUUUCCCUGGUAACCCUGUAUUUUUAACAAUAAUUUGUUGAAAUGAAUUUUUUCAUUUGAACAUCAAAACUAACUUCGUACGAACUUCUUUAUUUUGAUUUUAUGCUACAAUAAAUAUAAUUUUGAAAUCGUAUGUAUUUACUAACUAAGCGAAUCUAUAGUGAUAAUUAGUAAAUAGUGAUAAGCAGUAAAUCAAUUUUUAAAUACUUAUAAAUAAAUAUGUUUGUAUGUGUAUGAAAACCGCAUGAAGUGGUAAUAAAAGUAAAGUUAAACGUACAUUGUAAAUGAAGAGCAAAUUUAUUACUGAUUCAGCAGAUAAUCAAUUAUUGAAAUCAGAAAUAUUUAACAAAAAAAGCAAAAACACAAAGCAGAUACAAAAGGAAAUUAUACAAUGGUUAAAUUUAAAUUUUUGCAAAGUUGUUUGUGUAAUUGAAUAAAUAA